AUGGCACGCGCGCGCGACGCCGCCCUCCUCCUCCUGGCGUCCGUCCUCCUGCCGCUCGCCGCGGCCACCAUCGUGCCGAGCGCCCCGGCCGCCGCUCCCGAGGACCCGCGGUGCCGGGCGACGGCGCCGCGGCGCGGCGCGCUGGCGGUGUACCCGAGCGACAUGGAGCAGCUGCAGUUCCUGCUCAACGCCAAGUUCGUGGAGGCGGAGUGGUUCCUGCACGCCGCGCUGGGCCGCGGCGUCGACUUCCUGGACCGCAACCUCUCCGCCGGCGGUCCCCGGCCGUCCGGGGCGCGGAAGGCGGCGCUCGACUUCCGCACCACCGAGGUCGCCGCCGAGCUCGGGUACCAGGAGGUCGGCCACAUCAGGGCGAUCAGGCAGGCCGUGGGCGGGUUCCCGCGCCCGGCCAUCGACCUCGGCGCCGACCGCUUCGCCAUGGUCAUGGACGACGCCAUGGGCGUUCGCCUCGACCCGCCCUUCGACCCCUACGCCAGCUCCGUCAACUUCCUCCUCGCAUCCUACGUCUUUCCGCACAUCACGGCCGCGGCCACCAUGGGCAUCAGCUCCAGCCUCAUGGGCUUCCUCUCCAAACGGCUCCAGGCGAGCAUCCUGGCGGUGGAGGCCGGGCAGGACGCGGUCAUCCGCCUGCUGCUGUACCAGCGCGCCGACGAGGCCGUGCCGCCGUACCAGGGCCACACGGUGGCGGACUUCACCCGCCGGAUCUCUGAGUGGCGCAACCGGAUGUCCGGGUGCGGCGCCAAGGACGAGGGGGUCAAGGUGCUUGACCGGCAGCAGGGAGCAGAGCGGCGCACCAUCAGCAACAUCCUCGGCGCCGGCGACGACUCGCUCGGGUUCCAGCGCACGCCGGCGGAGGUCCUACGCAUCCUCUACGGCUCGCGCAACGAGCAGAUCCCCGGCGGGUUCCUACCCAGGGGAGCCAACGGCACCAUCGCUAGGGGAUUCUUCCAGCUCGCGUAGAUUCAAUUCAGCACAGUAUCACGUCUUGAGUUCAGAUACAACUGAUCCUCCAAACAAGAAAUGUGAACGUAUUAUUUUAUAUGGAUAAAACACAAAAAUUUCAAGGGAUCAUUCAUGCCUGGUUACGGCUGUUCCGAUAUGAUAUCAAGUAUCUACAGGAACGGGAAGAGUUCAGAACAUCAGAGGGCACAAACAUGAACACAGCAUGCUUAGGCACGGCCGGUUCUACAUGACAUUAAAAAACUAAACCGACAGAAUUCAGAACAGCAGGGCACAAACAU